UACAUCGAAAACAUUCACAACACAGUCCCCCGAGGACUGGAGUUGGACAGCACUGGUCUGAGCCAUUUUUAACUUAAUUAUGAUGCCACAUUGACGUUACUCACUGUACGUUCUGUAAGACGUCUGAAGUCAAGUACCGCAUCCUGUGUUUCCAUGGAGACCCCAGAGCCAGGCCCAGCUGACGGAGAGGAACGUCCAGUAGAGUUGCGACCUCGGACACGCUCCAACCCUGAAGGUGCCGAGGAUCGACGCAGCAGCACAGGCAGCCUUGGAAGCAACGGAAACCAGAACAUUUCUCAGUCUGCUGUGGGAAACCGCGUGGAGGGCGAAGGUGAAGCCUCGACCAGCGAUAGUCCUCUUAGCUCCAUCACCACAUCGGCGUCUGCGGCUUCCUCACAGGCUGUAGCUCCCCCUGUGGCUGUUUCUGCUGUUUCUGCUGGUUCAGGAGCUGUAACCAGCACCACGGUACAACUGUCCACAGCUGCCGUGACAGUCAAAGAAAGACCAAAGCCCCCACAGCAACAGCCCAUGCUCAGCACGUCCAUUCCUCCACCAGCAGAGUACCAACUCAGAGUUCCCAGAGUCAACUGCCCAGAGAAAGUGAUAAUCUGCUUAGAUCUUUCUGAAGAAAUGUCCUUACCGAAGCUGGAGUCUUUCAACGGAUCUAAAACAAAUGCCUUGAACAUAUCCCAGAAGAUGAUCGAGAUGUUUGUGAGAACAAAACACAAGAUCGACAAACGGCAUGAGUUCGCUCUGGUUGUCAUCAACGAUGAUGCUCUGUGGCUGUCUGGCUUCACAUCUGAUCCCAGAGAGCUGUGCAGCUGUCUGUACGACUUGGAAACCAAUGUCUGCGAGUCCUUCAACCUGGAAGAUCUUCUUAAUGUCAUUCGUCAGAAGAUUGAGCUGCCAUUGAUGGAGAACGUUCAGACCAUCCCUCCUCCAUAUGUGGUGCGGACUGUACUCAUCUACAGCCGUCAUGCUGGACCCAUGCAGUUCAACCCUUCAGAAGCUCUUAAUAAAAUGCUGCAAUCUCCCUAUUUCUUCUUUGAUGUGGUUCUUUUGCACAACGGGAUGGAGGAACAAGGAGAUGAGGCCAGCUGGAGGGACAACUAUACUUUCUUUUGCAACCUGGACUCGAAAGGCACAUGUUAUCGCUUUGAGGUCUCCCUGAGUGGACCCGCCAUCGAGCUGCACAACUGCAUGGCCAAACUGCUAGCUCAUCCUCUUCAGAGACCUUUCCAGAGUCACGCAUCCUACAGCCUGCUGGAGGGGGACGACGCCCCAGACACAGAGGCAUCAGUGUAAAACAGACAGACAAAAAAGGCCAUGCUUAUCUGUGAAAGCCACACAUUCUGCAGAUUUGCAGAAAUGUUUUUGUUUUUUUUAAUCUGAAGGCACAAUGUUACUGUUAUCUUUUUUCUUUGGUUUUGAACAACUGUUGUGAGAUUAUUUGGGAAAUAAGGGUUUCAAUAAGUCGCUGAUUGUAACAAAUUUAUUCUUUUAUUCGGUGGAAAACUACCUGAACUGUCCUCAUAACGAGGGAGUAGAUGGUGAGAGUUAAAGUAUAUUAAAAAUAACCUAUUUAAAAAUGGAAGAUGCAGUGGAUAAAGCAUCAAGUUUUGCUACAAUCUCUCCCAUAUAUGCAUUUUUCCUUUUAGAUCAUACGGUGGGGGGAAAUAACAGUUUGAUCCUCUGAUUUUGGAAGUUUGAUCAUUUACAAAGAAGUCUUUAUUUCUUUAAAAACACAUUACAUAAAAGUUACAGACUAAUUUGUGUUUCAUCAAGUGAAUGUAUUUGAUCAUCCAACAAAAUGUGACUCAGAAAACUUUGAUUUAGGUAAAACAAGAAGAUGUUUCUUUCAGUUAGUCAGCAGAUUUAGAUAAUUUUUGGCCCACAUCUCUUUGCAGAAAGACUCUUGUCUGCCUCUUGGGAGCUCAAAGCUACAUCUCCCUCAUCAGGUCCUUCUGACUGAGGUCUGGAGAUUACAGCUACCUUAAUGUCAUUCUUCUUUAGCUGCUCCUUUGUUUCCUAUCUUUUGAAGAAGGUUCUGGUGCAAGAUCUUUCAGUGCUUGGUCAUUUUCAUUGGCCCAUUAAUGUGGUAAAGUUGUCUUGUACCAUUUACAAAAAAACCACCCCAAAGCAUAAUACUUCCCCCUCUGUGCUUGACUGUGGGGAUUGUGAUCUUUGGGUCAUACUCAGAGAUUCUAUUGAACGGGACAUGGUAAGUUAUAUUACUCCCAAAGAACUUGAUUUUAUCUGACUAUGGUACUUUCUUCCAAGCCUUAUUGAUUAACUUAGCUGUUCACUGGCAAGUUUAGGAUGGGCCUCUGUACUUGUUUCGUACAUAUUCUUCUUAGUAAAUUAGAAACUUAUACAAGACCAAUAAAGAAAGGAUUUUAAACAUAUGAAUGUUAGCCCACGGGCAAGAAUGUCAAUAUAAUGUCCUCUACUCCUUACUGAACUUGGUCACACUCCCUUUGCAGGACUUCCUUCAUCAGUGUGUCGUGACAUCGAGCAGGUGAGUCUGUGGCUCUGCUGAGGUGUUCAGGAACUUCGACUCAUCUCCAUUGUUGGCCCUGGUGUGUCUCCAUAAAUUAUUGACAAGAGUUUAAAUCAGGCUACUUUGGUGCCCAAUCAAGCCGAUUGAUGCCAUGGUCAAUGAUGCAGGUAUUGUUGCUUUGGCAGUAUGGGCAGGUGCCGAUUAAUCGGGACAAUGAAAUCAACAUCUCUAAAGUUUGGGCCCUUGAUGUUUAAAUGAACUGCAAAAUUGAUUUUAUUCUGAUGGGAACACUUUGGACCAAAUAUAUAUUUUUUCACCGCAGGUAAGAUGGUUCUGACAACAUCUCUGGAUCAGUGGUGGCUCUUAAAGCACUGACUCCAGCAGCAGUCCACACCUUAUGAUUCUUUCCCAUUCUCGUAAAUGGGCUUUUCUCCACUAUCAAUGAAGGCUACAGUUAUCCUUUUUUCUACCACACUUUUUCCCUACACACAAUUUUCCAUUAAUAUGCUUGAAAUGACACUAUGAACAGGGUAAGCAAAUAUUAAGCUAUUAAUGGGCUCAUCCCUCAUGUUCUGAUCAUCCUCACCCCAUGAGGCAAGAUCCUCCACAGAACUCCAGGCUGAUGGUGAUUUUAUAUAUAUUUUUUCCAUUUCCAAAUAUAUAAAAUAGUGGUCUCUUCAACAAAUGUUUAUCAAUUCACUUCAGCCUUGUAGUGAUCUACAAUGUUGUCUCUGAUGUCUUUUGACAGCUCUUUGGUGUAGCUCAUAGUGAUGGAGAGGUUGGAAGAGGAGAACCUGAUUUUGUGGACAUAGAUUUGAUAAAAUUAUUAGAAUGAGCUCAGCUGUAAAUGAUUGAUUGAGGUAGCCAGAAUUAAAAUGUGUGUGAAUUCAAAGGAAACUCAGUCAACAGGGGAUCAAACACCUUUCUCCCCCCACUUUACAUCACAUUGAUGUUUUUGGUCAUCUUAAGGUGGAAAAUCCAGCCAAUUAUAAAUUACUAAACAGAUAUAUCCAUCAAACAUGAAUUUAAUUGUAUUUCACUGUAUAAGAAAA